AACUAAACCAAAGUAGUAUGCAUUACCGUGUCCGCUUGUAAGGGGACUUAAUAAUUGUAGUUUGGAUCUCUGGUCGACGAGUUUGGAUAUCGUAUCAAUUGACUGUUCAGCUUAACGAUGAAGCAGCUGGCUAUUUUGGCCGUGACCGUCAUUUCACUUAUCGAGGCGUACCGGCUGCCCACAAAUGUGAUGCCUGAAAGUUAUCGUCUCGAAAUUGUCGCCCCAUUUGGCGAAAAGAACAACUUCGAUUUUGAAGGAAAAGUAUGGAUUGAGACAUCAUGCGUGACGCCCACCAACAACAUAACUCUUCACUCGAAAGGACUGGAAAUAGACAAAACCCAUGUGAGGUUGAAGGACAUUUCCAGCAAGGCUGGAAAAGAGAUAAAAGAUCUGAAAAUCUCGUUCAACACGGAGCACGACUUUCUAAUUAUUGCUUUUGACCAAACUUUAACUGAAGAUCAUCGAUAUGAAAUUUACAUUCCUUUUAAAGGAAAGUUAGAUGAUAGCUUAGCAGGAUUUUAUAGAAGCAGCUACACAGAUGCUAAAACCAAAGAAAAGAAGUGGUUGGGUGUAACUCAGUUUGAGGCUAUAAGUGCUAGAAGGGCGUUCCCGUGCUUUGACGAACCAGCUAUGAAAGCAACCUUUGAUAUCAGCAUUGCUAGGAAAGAUGGAUACAAAAGUAUCAGCAAUAUGCCUCUCUUAUCUACGGAACCCAUGGAGGAUAAGCCGGGAUGGUAUUGGGAUAACUUCGACAUUUCAGUUCCUAUGUCCACCUAUCUGGUUGCUUAUGUGGUAUCCGAUUUUCACUACAAGGAAGCUGAGCCCAUUGAUAACAACAACGUCACCUUCAGAAUAUGGUCAAGACAAGAUGCUAUCGACCAGGUUGAUUUUGCCAAAGACGUCGGACCAAAAGCUCUAAGAUUCUACGAGAAGUUCUUUAAUAUUGGCUACCCACUGCCGAAGCAAGACAUGAUAGCCAUCCCUGAUUUCAGCGCCGGGGCUAUGGAGAAUUGGGGGUUGAUUACUUACCGUGAAUCUUACCUAUUGUACGAUCCGAAAGUAUCAGCCAAAGUUAGUCAACACAGCGUAGCGUCUGUUAUUGCCCAUGAACUCGCCCAUCAAUGGUUUGGAAAUUUAGUAACCAUGAAGUGGUGGACCGAUCUUUGGCUAAACGAGGGAUUUGCCACUUAUAUGGCAAGUGUGGCAGUGGAUCAUUUAUUCCCCCAAUGGAAUUCCCUCCAAGAAGAAGGAGCUACUGAUAUGUUGAGCGUAUUUUCGUUUGAUGCACUCCGAUCAUCUCACCCAGUAUCGGUUCCCAUUGGAGAUCCAAAAGAAAUUGAUGAAAUUUUCGACACGAUUUCAUAUAAAAAAGGUUCAUCGCUGAUAAGGAUGAUGAGCCUCUUUUUGGGCGAAGAAACCCUCAGAGCGGGAGUAAGCAACUAUUUAAGGGAGCACAGAUAUCACAAUGCGGAGCAAGACGACCUUUGGCAUUCCCUAACAGUGGCCGCUCAUAAAAAGAACACACUCCCAAAGGAUCUAACUGUAAAAACCAUUAUGGAUACUUGGACUCUGCAAACUGGAUACCCCGUAAUCCACGUCGAACGAGACUACAAGAAUGGAUCGGUGGAAAUAACCCAAGAGCGAUUUUUGAGGGACACAAUCAAACUCAAAGGAGACAAGAAGCCCUGCUGGUGGGUGCCGUUGAGCUAUUCUACAGAGUCGCACUCUGAUUUUGAUACCACUACACCAAAGUACUGGUUAAGUUGUGGAUAUGAAGAGAGUAGCCAGACGAUUGAGGAGAUUGGCCCUGAAACCGAAUGGAUUCUAUUUAACAACAAAAUGGCUGGGAUCUACAAAGUGAACUACGAUGAGAAAAACUGGCUUCUUCUAUCCAAAGCUCUGAAAUCAGACUUUACUAAGAUCCCAACUCUAAACCGAGUCCAACUGCUAGCUGAUGCAGCAGAUCUAGGAUAUGUUGGCCAUCAAAAGUACGACGUAUUCUUCGAUAUGCUGGGAUAUUUGAAAGAAGAAACCGAAUAUUUGCCAUGGAAGGCUGCUUUAGGAAAAGCCGACGCUUUGAAGAACUACUUAAUCAGAAAUCCGAUCUAUGGAGUGUUCAAGAAUUAUAUGACCUCAUUGUUGAGUCCAAUAUAUGAAAAACUAGGAGGACUGGCAAUGGCCAACGAAGAGAAUUUUGACAAGUUAGAUAAAAUCAAAUUCCAAGUGUUGAUUGUGAGUAGGAGUUGCAGAUAUGGAGUGGAGAAAUGUAUUGAAGAUGCCAAAACUAUGUUCAACAAGUGGAAGAGCGCUCCCAAUGAUACAAACCCGGUUCCAAAAGACCUCAGAAGUGCUGUCUACUGUACUGCUCUGAAAAAUGGAGGAGAAAAUGAAUGGAACUUCCUAUGGAAUAAAUAUCAACAAUCAAAUGUGGCAACUGAAAGAAACUCACUAUUAAACGUGCUAGGAUGUACUAGGGAAAUUUGGCUACUAAGCAGGUACCUGGAGUGGUCUUUAGACGAUACAAAAAUCAGACGUCAAGACACCAGUACUGUGUUUGGGGCUGUAGCUGGAAACGACGUUGGAUACUACAUUGCUAAAAAGUUCUUCUUUGAUAAUGUGAACAAGAUUUUCAAACAUUUGGCACCAAACAAGAGGAGGAUUACGAGAUAUCUCACUUCUAUCACAAGUCAUAUGCAGGACGUUGAUGAACUUCAUGAGUUAAGCUAUUUAAUUGACCACAAUAAAGAAAACUUCUCGGAAGUGAAGCAGGGCGUUGAACAAGCUUUGGAAACCGUCAAGAUCAAUAUACAAUGGCAGCAGAUGCACGGAAAAAGUAUUCAUGAUGUCUUGCAAAAGUUUUCCAAAAUUUAAGUCAAGCUUCCAAAUAGUAUCAUCAGUAAUAAUCGCUUUCAAAAUUUGUUCAAAAAUGAUGCAUUAGCUCUAUGAAAACAAAAAGUUUCCACAGCAACAGGGAAAGUUAGGGAAACUAGAGAAUUCUUGAAUUUUAUAGCUGAAACACCAGUAAAUAAAUGUUAUUUAUUUUUAUUAUACAGAGAAUUUACAGAUCUGAGACCUUAAACUAGAUAAUUAUUUAUAUCUCUGUUAAAGUUAAUUUAAAUGUACGUACUUAAUAAUAUAGUUAUCGUAUUUUAUACAUAUCAGUUACAAAAUGCAGAAUGCAAAACUGUUAACUAUAUACAACAAUGUACGUUUUAAUAAAUAUGUAACAAAUUUA